CCGCUCGCCCAUGGCCCUGGCGCUGUGGCCCUGGCGCCCAGCCUUGAGAGUAGUCCCCACCGUUCGCCUCUGGCCGCCCAGCCCGGCAGCCUCCCGCGAUGCUGAACGGCGCGGGCCUGGACCAGGCUUUUAAGAUGUCGUUGCCGCGGAGGGCGAGGAUCGGCGCGUCAGUGGGACCCGUUCGUUCUUCUGCGGGCUACAAGAAGGCAGAGGAUGAGAUGUCCCGGGCCACGUCUGUUGGAGACCAGCUAGAGGCACCGGCCCGCAUAAUUUACCUCAACCAAUCUCAUCUCAACAAAUUCUGCGACAACCAGAUCAGCACGGCCAAGUACAGCGUGUUAACAUUUCUACCUCGGUUCCUGUACGAGCAGAUUAGGAGAGCUGCUAAUGCCUUUUUCCUCUUCAUUGCCUUAUUACAGCAAAUUCCAGACGUAUCGCCAACAGGACGAUAUACCACCCUGGUGCCAUUGAUCAUCAUUUUAACAAUUGCAGGCAUCAAAGAGAUUGUGGAAGAUUAUAAGCGACAUAAGGCAGACAAUGCAGUCAACAAGAAGAAAACAAUAGUGUUAAGAAAUGGCAUGUGGCAUACCAUCAUGUGGAAAGAGGUGGCAGUGGGAGACAUCGUGAAGGUCCUCAAUGGGCAGUAUCUUCCAGCAGACAUGGUCCUGUUCUCCUCCAGCGAGCCUCAGGGGAUGUGCUACGUUGAAACCGCUAACCUGGAUGGGGAGACGAACCUUAAAAUACGACAGCCUCCCGAGUCCCCUGUGAAAAUGGUUCACUACCAUCUUGACUCAAGAGACCCUAUCAACUGUGAGAAACAGCAGGUUCCAAUCUUGUGUUCGUUUUGA